AUGACGAAAAAGCGUUCUUCCAAUGGUUUUAUGUAUUUUGCCGAUGCCCGAAGGCCUGUCUACGAGGCAGAGAAUAAAGGUGUACGUCUGACGGCCAAGAAAUUGGUCGAACGGGCUACACGUGAUUGGAAAUCGAUGAACGAAGAUGAACGUCAAAAGUGGCGCAGCGAAAGCCGUCGACGUUGUGAUGAGUAUGAGCGUCAAGUUUAUCAAAUGCAAUCAAUUUCAAUUAUCAAUAAGUCAAAGACGCGACCGUUAUCCAAACUGGAACUAUCAUUACAACCGAAACCAUUUUCCUACAGACUUACGGAAUCAAAGCGUAAAUUACUUCGCCAAAGCAUUUAUCAGAAGUUGGUUUGGAGAGAAAAGGAAAAUAUGACGGAAGUGUUAGCUAAGAAAAGAUUCGGGCUGCUCACAGUUCGGCCUUAUUGUAUCUUCAAGUCAAACAGUACUGGUGAUGAGCUAAUUUGUCCACCUGCUGAGAUUUGUACUUACGUGAUGAGUCUCAAUGAGGGAAUUGUCGACAGCAAACGUAUUUUAAUACGUCACGAUUAUCCCACCAAUCAUCAAUUUCACCAAUUUUCUCGAAUUUCAGAAAAUGGUUUUUGUGAAUUAUUACAAACACCAAACUAUUUAAAUGUUCAUCAUGCAUGUCUUCGCAUAGCAAACGAAAUGAGGGGAUGCUGGGCAAAUCUGAUAUUAGUGCCAGCAUCACAAUACCAAAGUUUAGCCGCAAGUUUAGUCUGGAUUAAACGAAAACGUGACAUUGCCCUGAAAAGAGACACAACGUCAAUUCGUACAGAGCGCUUAAUAUGCAUGGAAGAUAUGAUUGCCGUUAUUGGACGUAUCGUCGAGACAGAUGUUGACGAUAGUUCACGUUGGGAGCAAAAUGUUUCAUCGAAUUUUUGCUACGCAUGCGAUUUGCACGCUAGUGCACCUAGCAAAUGUGCAGUGGUUGUUGGAAAGUCUGCAUGUCAGCAUUUUCUUGAUAUACUUCGGGACUUGGAGAAUUGCAAUUACCGAGCACGUGAGAAAUGUAUUUUUGAAAUUGAUGAUGUGAAGCGUUAUUUGAAUCCAAUUGCACGUCCAAUGCGUCACAACCGCAUCAAUCCAUUUCAAGUGAUAUCUCAUCGUAAUCCAAACAUCACCAAUGAUGAACCAUUCAGUUUGAUUCGACUACACACACGUUCGUUCACAUGA